GUGGAAUGUAAUCCAUCUGCGGCACAGCAGAAGGCACGUGAUCUAGUGCUCAGCUCUUGGCAUCCCGCUCCAAAUCGUAGGUACUCGCUCCAUAUGAAGCAACAGCGAUCACCGAAAGUAUCCGCGACCAUGCGGGAUAUGAACUCUCUUCCUCCUCACAAGCCCUCACACGAGAGCUCUGUCCACUCACACCAGAAUGUAAAUUCAAGCUCCUCCGUUCCUCUGGCUUCACCCACGACACAGAGCAUCGAGCAUGCAAUCGAGCAUGAGGUCUCGGACUUUGCGCGCGCGAAUGGCGAGCCUCAACCCCAUAGCGAGGACUUCGAGUCCCAUGCACAAUCGAAUAUAGAGCACGGCCAAUUACAACGAGGGUCUAGCAUACCAGUUGAGGUUCGGUUAGCCAGCAGACUUAGGGAUCAGGACCUUCUUUCCUCCUCAGAGCAUCACGCGUUCAACCUUCGGCCAUUGAGGCCCACUCCCAGUACAACACACACUGAGGCAUUGUCCCAAGAAUUAGACAGCACUCCUGAUGAUGAAUUUGACAUGCUCCCGCCGCCUGACAGUGUGCAUCCUACGUGGCAGACAUUAUACGAUUUCGCCCAAGCACAUGCCUCCGCACACGGAUAUGCCUUGAGCAUAAACACCACGGCGAAGAACCGAUCGCGGAUCAAGCUUGCAUGCGUGUGCUAUGGAGCGCCUAAGAACACACACAAAUUGACGGCCGAGACGAGGGUUAGAAAGAAUCGCGUCAGCUACAAGACGGGCUGUAAGAUGUGGGUUGAAGGCAAGAAGCAAGAAGAUGGGACAUGGCUGCUCAGAGUCGGAGAGCCUCUGCACAACCACCCUGGCCGCUCGAUUGAAGGGUGGGCCUCUCAGCGGAAAAGGACUUGGGGCAUGCAUGGAGGACGAAUCGGUGUCGGAGGUGUCACUGCGAAGGAGGAGCGUUUGGAGGGCGUCUCUCAAAGUUAUAGUGUUGGAGGCCAGGACACGCAACAGCAGGACACACCAUGCGAGAAUGGAACUCCCAGCCACAGCCUAGAGCGGGGAGGACUGGUGUGGAAGAUUGUGGAGCAAGAAAUGAUGCGCAAACCUGGAGCGUAUCAAGGUAGAGACCGGGGUGUGGGUCUGACGUUGAGGAUCCUAGAGCUACGACUCCCAGGAAUACAUAUCUUCAAGCGCGAUAUCUACAACAUCCGAGCUCAGAUUAAGCGAGCCAGGAAGGCAGCGGGUCAGGAAGUUGGCGAGGGGCUAACCGGUGAUGAGGAUGAGGGUGAGCAUGAAAGGGCUUCUAAUCCCAGCCACAGAUCCCAGGACAUACCCCAGAUGUCCCAAGAGCCCCGCGAAGAAAUACGUGGCGGCGCAAUAGCUCCUCCUCGGGCCUUUCCAGAGAUAGAUCCGAUGCUGGUAGCUCAAUGUAAUGAUGCACUUCAGCAUGUCACCAGGCAGGAAGAGACCGAGGUUGAGCGACUCAGAAAAGAGGUCACAGAGUUGCGACAGGCUCUGGCGCAGCGCACCCGAGAGGUUGAGGAAAAGAACAGUGAGAAUGAGAGCUUGAGGGUGCAAGUCGAGCUUGCCAAUGUGGCACUUUACAAUGAGCGGGAUGGGCAGACGCAAUGAGCGCCUAGUCCAAAGUCUAUCCAAUGCUAUGGAAUGGCGGUGCGACGUGGACAGCAUACCCGGAGCAUCGCGUAC